UUUGUAUACAUCGGUCUUUUCUGUCUGGUGGUUCGCUGAUGUGGUUUUUAAGAAGUUAGCUUGUAGAUCUCACAGGCCAAUUUAACCAGUUUUUCUCUUAGAUUUUAGUUCUUAUUCAAACGGAUUAUGCCUUAUUAUCAAACAUGGGAAGAGUUCGCUCGUGCAGCAGAAAAACUAUAUUUGACAGAUCCAAUGAAGGUCAGGGUGGUUCUCAAAUACAGACACUGUGAUGGUAACCUUUGCAUCAAAGUCACCGAUGAUGCAGUGUGUUUACAAUACAAGACGGACCAGGCCCAGGACGUGAAGAAGAUAGAGAAACUGCAUGGCAAACUGAUGAGGCUUAUGGUGUCCAAGGAAAGUGGUGCCAUGGAAAUGGACUGAACACCCUUACACAUAGUUGUAUUAACUCUUCUUUGAGUCUAGACUGUGGUGUCAAUAGCACAAACGGAAGAGAACGGAGCUGGAAUGACGACAUUGGAUCAUGAGAGGGGAAAUCAAAAA